GUUUUCAGCUUUCAGACAAAGACACACUGUACCUACCUCUCUUUCUUUCCCUGUCCUAACAUCUCUCCCUUGACCCGCCGUUGACCCUCUCCAAAUGGGCGGCAACUGCAGCACCGCCGCCGGAGACGCUCCCGAUCCCCGCCCCUCCAACGGCCACGUCCAGGUCCUCCCCCCAAAUGCCGCCCCGACCCGACCCGCCCCGCCCAAACCCCACACCACCGCCCCAACCACCACCACCGCCAUCGGCCGCGUCCUCGGCAAGCCCAUGGAGGACGUCCGCUCCACCUACACCUUCGGCCGCGAGCUCGGCCGCGGCCAAUUCGGCGUCACCUACCUCGUGACUCACAAAGAGACCAAGCAGCAGUUCGCCUGCAAAUCCAUCGCUACUCGGAAGCUGAUCAACCACGACGACGUGGAGGACGUCCGCCGUGAGGUCCAGAUCAUGCACCACCUCACCGGCCACCGCAACAUCGUCGAGCUCAAGGGCGCGUACGAGGACCGCCACUCGGUCAACCUGGUCAUGGAGCUCUGCGCCGGCGGCGAGCUUUUCGAUAGGAUCAUCGCCAAGGGCCACUAUUCGGAGCGGGCGGCGGCGAAUCUCUGCCGUCAGAUGGUGACCGUCGUGCAUUACUGUCACUCUAUGGGGGUGUUUCACAGGGACUUGAAGCCGGAGAAUUUCUUGCUGUUGAGUAAGGAUGAGGACUCGCCGCUCAAGGCCACCGAUUUCGGACUCUCCGUGUUCUUCAAGCCCGGAGAUGUAUUCAAGGAUCUUGUGGGAAGUGCUUACUAUGUUGCCCCUGAAGUGCUGCGCAGGCGGUAUGGAGCUGAGGCUGAUAUUUGGAGUGCUGGAGUGAUACUAUACAUUCUACUUAGUGGGGUCCCACCAUUCUGGGGAGAGAAUGAACAGGGUAUCUUUGAUGCUAUUCUUCGGGGUCACAUUGAUUUCUCAUCUGAUCCUUGGCCUUCCAUAUCCAGCAGUGCCAAAGAUCUUGUGAAGAAAAUGCUUCGAGCUGAUCCAAAGGAACGGCUUGCAGCAGUGGAUGUCCUUAAUCAUCCAUGGAUGCGAGAAGAUGGCGAUGCAUCUGAUAAACCUCUUGAUAUUGCUGUUUUAUCUAGAAUGAAACAGUUCAGGGCAAUGAACAAACUCAAGAAAGUUGCAUUGAAGGUAAUUGCAGAAAAUCUUUCUGAAGAGGAAAUCAUAGGCUUGAAGGAAAUGUUUAAAUCAAUGGACACAGAUAACAGUGGAACAAUUACAUUUGAAGAGUUAAAAGCGGGCCUUCCAAAGCUGGGUACCAAGCUUUCUGAGUCUGAAGUGAGACAGUUGAUGGAAGCGGCUGAUGUUGAUGGCAAUGGAACAAUUGAUUACAUUGAGUUUAUAACCGCUACUAUGCACAUGAACAGAAUGGAUAGAGAGGACCAUUUAUACACAGCCUUUGAAUAUUUCGACAAGGACAAGAGCGGGUACAUCACGAUGGAAGAAUUGGAGCAAGCACUUAAGAAGUAUAAUAUGGGUGAUGAACAAACGAUUAAGGAAAUCAUCGCAGAAGUUGACACAGACCUUGAUGGAAGGAUCAACUAUGAUGAGUUUGUUGCCAUGAUGAGGAAAGGAAAUCCUGAGUUGGUCACAAACAGAAGAAGAAAGUAACAGAGAUCAACUGUUUUUGCUCUGCUAGCUCAAGCAGUUUGUUAUUUUUGAGGUUACACUCGAGAUGUCAUGCUCUAUACCAGUUUAAUGGCUUGGGAUUGCAAGAAGUCUUUUCGCGUGCCGUCUGUGGGAGAGAUUUGCUCGGUCGGUUAUUUGGAGGAUGAUUCUACUGUUUUGUGCAGGCAGAUUUCUUCGGUAAUUUUGUGUUGCAAUAGAGGUGGCACUUCUUGAAUACAAGUACUGUAGUACUACUUGUCCCUCUCUAUUGGCUGUUUUAUUACAGAACUGAGAUUGGAACCUCUCUCUCUGACCUUUUGUGACCUUUUGUAUUACAGAACUAUUGGCUGUUUUAUACAAAAA